AUGACGGCCCCGUCUGUCCCCAUUAACUACUCUUCAAAGAGACUGAUCGUGUGCUGUGAUGGCACAUGGAUGAACUCGGAGAGCGGUUACGUGAAGCCCUCACUUUGGAAGCGUAAGGGCUCCCUCCAGAUCCCGUCCAACGUGACCCGUAUCUCGAGAUGUUUCCGCCGUAGGUGCAGUGACGGCCGUGUCCAAGUAAUCGAGUACGAGUCGGGCGUCGGCACGGGGAGCAACACGCUCGACACCCUUACGGGGGGUGCUUUUGGCCUCGGUCUCGGCGAGAGAGUUCGCAACAUAUACAGCUUCCUCUGCGCCAACUACUGCGAUGGCGACGAAAUCAUCCUCGUCGGUUUCUCGCGCGGUGCCUACAUUGUCCGUUCCGUCGCCGGCAUGAUCACUGAUCUAGGCCUCCUUACUCGUGAGGGUGUCGAGCACUUUUGGCCCAUCUUCAAGGACAUGGAGAACUGGAACAACCACCACUACCGCGACGAGUUUCCCACAGAGCCAUUCGACAACAAGCCCAAGGGCGACGGUGCUGCAGAUGUCUACCGGUCCAAGUUAGAGAAGCUCGGCAUGACCCGCGUUCGGCAGGAAGAAGGUAAUGGAGAGCUCAUCAAGGUCAAGGCCGUUGCCGUGUGGGAUACCGUUGGUAGCCUAGGCAUCCCCCAAAUUUCCUGGCUCAACAAGCUUGGCAUCUACGCAUCGAACCGAGAGUUCAGAUUUUGGGACACAAGCCUUUCGGACAAAAUUGAGCACGCAUUUCAUGCUCUCGCCCUCGACGAGACACGCUACUCUUUUCAGCCAGCAGUAUGGGAGCGCCUAGAGGCCAAUCGGCUCUCGACUGAUCUCCGUCAGGUGUGGUUCCCUGGCAACCAUGGAAACUGCGGUGGAGGCUGGAACGACCAGGGGAUGUCCAAUAUCACGCUUGCUUGGAUGAUGGACCAGCUAGCCUCAAUUGGCGUCGAGUUCAAUCACCGCGUCCUUGAACAUUUCGUGCAACAGUCCGAUUCUUUCUACCAAUCUCAAAAACAAGGUGCUAUGCCGUGGGCUAUGGAACCCAUCUACGGCCAAAACCACCCUCGCCGACCUUGGGGCUUGGGCGCCAUCCAGAAUUCGUCAAGUCGUCUUUACUCCUUGGCCGGCAAGAUUACCCGUUCGCCUGGUCUGUACAAACAGGUUAACGCCGAAACGGAGGCCCCAAGCGCCCAUUUCCUCCAGGAUACCAACGAGCGAAUUCACUCGUCGGUGCGGACUCGCCUGGCCUGCAAAGGCCUUGGACUCAACGACGUUGGCGUAUGGGACAACCCUGCCAUGAAAUACUGGAGGCUUGUCCGUACAAAGGCCGAAUACAAAGAUCCGGUGCCCAACCACCCGGCUUGGGAGCCAGAGAAGGACGGAGAGGCAUGUAUGAAGCAUCCUUCUGAGUGCGAGGACGGCCGCUGGGUCUGGGAGUACUGUGGGCCGAAGAAGAACGCCCCCACCAGCCCUUUGGCAAGAGUUAUGGUUGAGGAACCUCUAGGACCGUUCGAGCGUUACUUGUUGAAGUUGACUGGCGGUACCCCCAGUGUAUACCAGCUUGCCCAUGAGAACGCCCAGUAA